AUGGAUUCCCGGCAACUAUCCACCGCGGAGGCUGCAGCCGCCCAGCUUCAUAUCGUCAGCCUGGGAAGUUCAUUUGCCGCUGGUCCUGGAAUACACCUCCAAGAAGACCCUUGUGCUGCCCGACGAUCUACAAAGAAUUAUCCCCAUCUCCUGGCAGCCUCUUUGAAUGCCAAGCUCACUGAUUUGACCGCAUCGGGGUCAACUUUGCUCAACAUCACCACGGAGCCACAAUCUGCCCCAUUCUCCAAAGCCACAUUCGCACCACAAAUUUCAAAGAUACCAUCCGACGUGAAUAUCAUCACUAUAACUGCCGGUGGAAACGACUUGGGUUAUAUCGGUGGCAUUUUUAAAGACGCCUGGGAUAAUUCGUUACUGGGGAAAACAAUCAACCUGUUCAUACAUGCCGUCCGAAAGAUCGCUUCGGCCUUUGGGUCCUCCAAGAGUGAAUCAGUAGCGAACUUGUCGCCAGACGGGCUAGUCACCCGACUGGGUUCCGUUGUUGAUGAGAUACACGAGCGAUUUCCUGAAGCCCGUAUAUUCCUAGUUGAAUAUCUCGCUGUUUUCGGCCCGGCGACCAAGCCCAAAGUGGAUGUUGGGUUGAGCCAGGAAAGAAUCGAUCAUCACCGCAAUGCCGCUUCUGCACUUCAAUCAGCAUACGAAAUAAUCGCCUUGACUCGCUCUGAAUGGUGUACGAGGGUACCAAUGCAUACGAUCAGUCAAACACAUGCUCUGGGUAGCGAGGAGCCUUGGGUAGAAGGGUUCAGCAUGCAGUUGUUGUUCCAACGCGGUCCCAUGUUCCAUCCGAAUCUGAGGGGAAUGGAAUCUGUGGCAAGUCAUCUACUUGAUUUGAUAAAAAAGAAGAAUUGA